UGACCGUAAGGACCUGCAGUGCAGUGCACUGCAUCGCACCGUAGCGUUGCCCCACCGGGGGUGUGUCCGUACAACAAAGUGAAAGGUGUUCCUGUCGGAGGAACGAACCCUCGUUUCGAAUUUCAGCUAAAGAAAGAAGGGUGAAUCCGAAAGCUUAUAAACCCGACGCGAUUCAACUUCUCGAUUUUCAUCAUCGUGUGGGGUUGAUCAUCAUUGCUUUUGCUUAGGUUUUGGAAUUUGAAGUGCAGAUGCAUAGUUCUUAAGCUUAACCAUUCUCUUUCUUCUUCUUCUAACUUUUUUCAAAAAUUAAACUAUUGCUUAAAAGUCUGAAGUUCAAUCAAUAAUAAUAAUAGUAUAUUCUUAAAUUUCGUUGCCACUGUAUCCUGUUGCUUCAUCUUCUCAAUUAUUUUAUUGUCUAGGUUUUUGGAGCUUUGAUUUCACAGUGUGCUCUCGUUUUGGGGAAGUCAUGCUACUUGGUUCAGCAUUAUUGUGAUCUUAGUUGGAGGGUGAUGGAUCACCAAUCUGGCCAGCGAUUUGAUUCAGAUGAUAGUGACCUUGAUAUACAAGUAGAAAUUAGCAGAAGACUUGGUAAAGUGGAAGAUGGAUUCCCAAAAGACAUGGAACUUUGUGCAGGUGAAGAGGAUAAGUUUAUUGAACAAUCUGUAGCAGAUAUUUCAGCAGAUGGAGAAGCUUUAGAACCAUUCAUAGGCAUGGAGUUCAAUUCAAGAGAAGAGGCCAGAGAACUAUACAUUGCCUACGGUAGGCGGAUAGGAUUUACAGUACGAAUACACCAUAAUCGUCGUUCACGAGUAAAUAACCAGGUUAUUGGUCAAGAUUUUGUCUGCUCAAAAGAAGGCUUUCGUGCAAAAAAGUAUGUACACAGAAAAGACAGAGUGCUUCCUCCUCCACCAGCCACCCGAGAAGGUUGUCAGGCCAUGAUAAGGUUGGCUUUGCGGGAUGGAGGGAAGUGGGUUGUCACAAAAUUUGUUAAGGAGCAUACUCAUAAGCUAAUGAGUCCUAGUAAAGUUCCAUGGCGAGGAUCUGGGAAGCACUUGGAUGAGAAAGAUAAGAGGAUCCGUGAACUGUCGCUUGAGUUGUACAACGAAAGGCAAAAAUACAAACGACGCUGCGCUGCAUAUGAAGAACAGUUAAAUAAUAUCCUGAACUAUUUGGAAAAGCACACAGAACACAUGUCUGAAAAAGUUGCAGAUAUAGUCCGAAGUAUAAGAGAGAUUGAGGAGGAAAAAGCAGAUUCAGAUAUCUGAUAAUUUGUGUCAUUUAUAGCAUGUUCAUCAAUACUCAUACACGCAGGUUAAGCUUGUAAGCCUAUUUGCCAUUUGAAGGUUUCUAACAUAAUGCUGUUAACAUUUAGAUUCUAGACAGUAUUUAGCUUGGGGUUGUGUAACAUUCAAUUUGAACUUCAAGCAGCAUAUCAGAACAGUAGCCACUUGUUUCAAUUAUCUUGUUAUUUAUUUAUUUAUUUAUUUAUUUAUUUA